AUGAAAUGGUUCAACAGUUUAGUUUUUACAUUAACAAUUACCUCGGUACUGUCGGGUGCUUAUGGUGCACCUCAACCCGGUAUUUUAGGUGGUAUUGAUGAUGAUAUAAUAAAAGAAGAGCUAGUAAAAAUUCAAAGAACUGUUCCCAAUAUUAAAGAACUAAAUGUUGCAGCAAAGGUAAGUGUUGAUGGAAAAAAUUCCGAAGAAGAUUCCAAAAAAGAUUCGAAAGAAGGUUUCAAGGAAGAUACCAAAGAAGAUUACACUGAAGAUUUCAAAAAAGAUCAUGUCCAACCGGUUUUAAAAAUAACAGAAACGGCUCGUAAAAAUGCCGAAGAAGUGAGUAAUGCUGUACAAGAUAAAUUUAAAAUAUUAAACAAUUUUAAUGCUGGAUCAACGAGUGUGGAGGAAGAUUCUAUAACAAAUUCCAGAAAAGAAGUCGGAAAAGUUAUGGGAACAGAAUCUAACGAUGAUUCCAGAAAAUAUUUCGAAGAAAAUUCUAAACAAAAUUCCAAAGAUGGUACCAGAAAUGAAUCCAGUGAUGAAUCCGAAAGAGAUGCUAGAAAAUAUUCCGAAAAAAAUUACAGCAAAGAUUUCAAAGAGAUCGGAGAAAAUUCUAAGCAAGAGGUUUUCAAAACUACAGGCCCCGUAGAAUCCGGAAACAAUUCGCAACAGGAGGCUAAAGAAAAUACCAGCGAAGAUGUCAAUGGAUAUUCCAAAUUUACCGAAGAAGGAUCUAGAAAAGAUGAUGGGGGCAAUUUGAAAGAAGAUCUUAGCAGAUAUAAAGAAAAUACCAGCGAACAUUUCAAAGACAAUUCCGAAUUUACCGAAAAAGGAUCUGGAAAAGAUGAUGGGGACAAUUUGAAAGAAGAUCUUAGCAGAUAUAAAGAAAAUACCAGCGAACAUUUCAAAGACAAUUCCGAAUUUACCGAAAAAGGAUCUGGAAAAGAUGAUGGGGACAAUUUGAAAGAAGAUCUUAGCAGAUAUAAACAAAAUACCAGCGAACAUUUCAAAGACAAUUCCGAAUUUACCGAAAAAGGAUCUGGAAAAGAUGAUGGGGACAAUUUGAAAGAAGAUCUUAGCAGAUAUAAACAAAAUACCAGCGAACAUUUCAAAGACAAUUCCGAAUUUACCGAAAAAGGAUCUGGAAAAGAUGAUGGGGUUUUCGAAGAAGAAGCCGGAAAAUAUUCCAAAAAAUAUUGUAUAGAAGUGGAUGUUAUUGAAACUGUUGCCAAAGCUUUAUAUACUUUAUUAGAAAAAUUAGAAGACGAAGAGAUGGGUAGUGCUGCAAUCUAA